AUGUUUUAUACUGUGAAAGAGAAGAUCAGCAAGCUCUCAUUACUAUCAGGCAGGCCUGCCCGAUUGGAUGCUGCCAUAAUGCCAAUGGUGUUAAUCAGAUCUCCACAUCAAGGCCCCAAGGUCGAUGUUUGGUCAGCUGGGGUCACCUUACUCUACUUGAUGACUGGAAGAACACCUUUCGUCGGUGACCCUGAGCAGAACAUAAAGGACAUUGCGAAGUUAAGGGGCAGUGAAGAUCUAUGGGAAGUGGCCAAGCUACACAACCGUGAAUCUUCAUUCCCAGUGGACCUCCUGGAUAUACAAUCCUUGCCUUCCAUGAAACUGCGAGAUUGGUGCAAACUGAACACAAGGAGACCAGAUUUUCUAGAGGUAAUCCCAAGGUCGCUGGUUGAUCUGGUGGACAAGUGUUUGAUAGUGAAUCCGAGACAGAGGAUAAGCGCAGAGGAAGCUCUUAGGCACGAUUUUUUUUCUCCAUGCCAUGAGGCCUUAAGAAAGCAGAGGCUUCUUAGGCAAGGGUUUAGCUUGGACUCUGGAACCACCCAUCUUUCACAUAGACAGCCGGAGACUUGUGAAGGUUUAACAUGAACAACUUUAUUUUUAUAAAUUUCUAGUCCUUUUUCAUCUUUUGUUGUUGUAAUGUAAUAUAGUUAGUCUACUUAAAUUGCACUUUUAUUCUGUUGUUCCAAUUGCAAAGAAAAUUCGAAAAAGGGAAUCAAAUGUAAGCAUAUUUUUCAAGACUUG